GGAUACAUACCACCAGAAUUUCUACUACCUAGUCCUGGAUAGGGAGCUUGGCCGAAAUCGGGUGGUGCAAGACGAAGUUAGCUCUUGUGGGCGCACAGCGAGUGUGGUAGCUUCAACAUUGUAACUUUUCAUUCUGGUGUUAGCGUUGCCUACAAGUUGCCGCCAGAAACAAUGGGGAAGAAGAAGAGCUUCAUCGACAAGAAGAAAGCUGCCACCUUCAGCCUAGUCUUUCGUGACAGCUCCGAUGCGGCAGCCGGAGACGAUUCCGCUCCUGAGCGCAUCUUCGUCCGCUCCGAUGGGCGGGAUGAGGCGGCCCCGGGCUUUGAUGGCACCGAGUCCCAGUUCGAGGGGGGGAGCGAAUUCGCCUUGGAAGACGGGCUCAAAGACUUCCGGGGCUUUGGUCCUGCACACCCUUUGUGGGCUGGCCCUCGGGAGCCGUUACCAGAGCACGUGAGAAGAGAGGUCCUCGAGAUGGGCUUUCCGGACGACGGGUAUGAUUACACGAAGCAUCUGCGGGAGCUUCGUGGCGGGGGCGUCGGUGCGAUCGCGGUCGCUCCAGAGAGGAACCUGCGAGCGGACGUGCGUGCGUAUAAUGCAAAGACGGUGCGCGUGAAGCCCGCGGAAGAAGACGAGAUCCUGGCGGAGGCGGAGGCCGCCGGGGGUGCGAAAGAGAUUCAGAAAGUAGGCGCGAGUGUUCUGGACCCGGACAUUCUGAAGCUUCUGGAGGAGUCGGGGUCUGAGGACGGGGGGGACGAAGAGCUGGAGCUUGAGGAUGAUUUCGUGAUAGAGGCAAACAGGGGGGCGGAGGAAGAAAACGGCGCGGCUGAGGGAUUCAGAAUCGCGCCAAGGGGGGCUCUUGGCAAUGGUGGUGCGGUUCAAAAGUGGCUCGGGUCGAGCACGGGAGGGAAAGGUUUCGAGGUGGCAGAAAUCGAGGAGUAUGAGGAGUGGAGUGAGGAGGAGGAGGGAGAAGAAGAUGAUGCAGCGGCGAUGAAGGGGAGGGGUUUCGCGGCGUCCAGCAUUGCGUCGGACGUAAGGAACCGGGACCGUCCGGUGCGGCUGCUGGACGAGCAGUUUGAAAACUUAGCAGUGCGGGAGUACGAUCUGGACGACGACUCCGACGAAGAGGACGUGGACGCACGCGGCCAUGCGGACAUCUCCCAGUUCGACUCGGUGCUCGACAGCUUCCUGGAAGACCACGAUGUGCAUCCCGACGAGUACCACACGCUUGCGGAAGUCGAAAAGGGGGGCAAGCAGCGAACGGAGACCGCGCCGACCGAAGAAACCGGUGGGCUGUCCAGAAAAAGCAAUGUGCUGUCUGGGGAUGUCAAGAACGGGGCAGUUGGACUCGAGAAGGAGACGAUGUCGAGCGACCGGAGGGCAGACGGCUCUCCGUCAGCGGAGGCCGGUUUGCUUGAGGCCGCUAGCACGAGCGGAAGGGAAGCGGAGGUUGUCGAAGCCAGGACUAAUAAAACCUCUGGAAAGGGCAGGGGUUUGGACGAGGUUUCGGACGGGGGUGCGGACGAAGAAGCGGACGUCCUGGGGGAGCUGCGCGAAGAGAAAGAGGUGAUCUGGGUCGAGGAAGAAGACGAGCGGGAGCACUGGGACUGUGAUACCAUCGUGUCGACAUACUCGAACCUCGACAACCACCCCGCACGCAUCGGGGCCCCCCCGAACAAGUUCAAAAGUCUGGGCUCGGAACGGGGUAGUCAGAGAGAGGAGAAUCUUCCCGGGCUGAUUAGGUUGGGCGGGAAGGAGGGCCUGCCGAUCGAGUAUCUGCCGCGCCGGGGGGGGCUGGAGGGGCUGCCGGAAAGGCCCUCCGGGAAGGAGAAUGAAGAAGAUGAGAAGAGGGGGCCGAGUCAGAAGGUGGCGGGGCCGAGAGCGGGAGAAGGGAAGGAGGAGAAGAAGGCGCGCAAGGCUGCCGUUAAGGAGCAGCGGCGUGAGUCGCGGGUGGUGAAGCGAGACAUGAAGGCUCUGUACAAAGCGGAGGCGCAAAAGGCAAUCAACAAGGCGGCGGCAGCCGCGGGAGCGCCGCAAGGAAUCCGCUUAGCCUAGAUAUCAAAAGGACGAUCAUGCAUCAGCUUAAGACGGUCCAGAGGCCACCCUCUGGCCCUGACCUGCGGUCUAGUAUCGAAAUGUAGAUUCACCGGAUUCAAGCAUGGGAGCAUGUUCAAUGGCGAAAUGGCGCGUCGCGUCGCCCAUCAUGUGUGCAC